CCUUCACCGUGUCUAUGGGGGCCGGGAAGAGUAUGACCCGCCCCCACCCGUGACGAGGAUUCCACUGAAAAGUUCCGGAAGGUUGACAACAAUUCUGUUGAACUGGUUGAAAUGUUAAUAUUAACUGCUCUUGGAAUACAAGAGUCACUUUUUUUAAACCAUAAAAGGGACGGAGAUACCCACACCCUUACCUGCACAACAGUGACAAGCCUGAGAGAAACGACAUGACAUUACCCGGUAUGGCAGCGAAAAUGGGUGAGAUGGACAUAAACGACGCAAGUCUGGUGAUCGUUGCACAUCCAACAAGGGGACUGGUAGAUGAAAAGUUUCACGUAGACGUUUUAAACCUUCGUCCUCAUCAACCAAUUACAUUGCACUCUGUCUUUCAAUCCGAGGACAAUGAUUUUUGGGAAGCUUAUGGCCACUAUAUCAGUGACUCUAAAGGAAUGGUAAAAGCUGAUGAAACAGAGUCCCUCGGUGGCUCAUUUACAGGCAAAGAUCCAAUGGGACUGAUCUGGAGUAUGAAGCCAGUACCUGGAAGCCGAACUGGGCUGAGGUUUCGAAAAAGAGAUGUCCAAACUCCGUAUGUAGUUCAUAUUUCUGUGUUUGAUGGGCAUAUUAGCAGUGGUUUCAAUGAGAAGUCUGCAUUGGCAUGUACUGUUAUGGAGCGCUGGUACAUGGCACCAGGAGUCUGUAGGAUUGAUAUAAGGCAGGAUGGAGUUCAAGGAACACUCUUCCUUCCACCAGGCCCUGGACCAUUUCCUGGGAUUUUAGACCUGUGGGGAGGUGGAGGAGGGUUAGUUGAAUACCGUUCCGCUCUUCUUGCGUCUCAUGGUUAUGCCUCCCUGGCUCUGGAGUAUUUGUUUCAGAAGAACACAAGUGAGAAAUCUGCUGUGGUUGGAGAACAGUAUUUUGAGGCAGCCUUUAACAUCUUGAAGAACCACCCCAAGGUAGCCAGUGAGCGGGUGGGCCUGUUUGGGUUAUCCUUUGGGACAUCUGUUGUGCUGGCAAUGGCAGGAAACUUAACAACAAUCAGUCCUAAGUGUUUGGUUUGUGUCAGUGGAAGCCAUGUUUUUCCUGUAAAAGAAUCCCUUUCUGGUGCCUUCGCAGAAAUGAAAACAAAACUGAAUAAACUUAAGGUUGAUGAGAAUAAUCACCUUAUCUGGAGAAACCUCAUUCUGCCUAUUCCUACAGAUCCAGACAAGAAAGUCAAUGUUGGGAACAUAAGAUGUCCUCUGUUACUGAUUGUGGGCGAAGAUGAUCAAAACUGGCCAGCCCCUGAAUGUGCAGUAGAUAUUGAGAACAUGAUGAAAAAGGCAGGAAAUGAUCAUCUGCUCACUAAACUGUCAUAUCCUGGCACAGGUCAUCUUAUUGAAACUCCAUACAGCCCUCAUACUCGAUUCAGCAAUUUUAUGCUAGCAGACAGUAGGGAGAAAGUGAUCGUUUUAUGGGGAGGGGAGACAAAACCCCAUGCUUAUGCACAGGAAGACUCAUGGAGAAGGAUCUUGAAGUUUCUGGAACGUCACCUUUACCAGAGAUCAGUUCUGUGAUCUAAUACAAUUCAUACAAUUUUGAAUAAAAUGGCAACCCUCAAGUCUCAAGCAUACAAUGUGUGGUGCCACAAGAUGGUGCUAUGGUACAGUUUUUGAUUUGGCAAGCAUCUGCUUUGUUUUGUGGUGUUCAUUUUGGUCCAGUAUUUUUAUAUAUUUACCAGCGUUUCUGAAGAGAGAAUCACUCUAGCAGAAUGGCUGUGCAACACAAAUUCAAAGUAAAUUUGCCGGAAACACUUUAUUAUUUUAAAGAUAACAGAAUUUAAUGCUGAAGCAUUGUCCACAGGCUACCUUUAUUAUUAAAAAGGUUGUUCUUCUCUGAUAAAUUUACGUGAAAUACAAUGUUGUCAUAGAUUUUAUUAGCCGUUACUUUUUUCAGAGAUCCAGGCUGAAAACAUUUGAAAUUCUGUUUUUUCCCAGUCCAACUGAAUUUAUUAUGUACUUAAUUCAUCAUCACUACUUUCAUGAUUUAUUAAAACCACAACAUACAGUAUGUACACCAUCCUGUCUGUGUAUAAAGGAAACCUUAAUUAUGUAUGUUCCUUUAUAUUCUCUGUUAAAUGAGUAUUUGAAUAUAAUGAUGCUGAGUUUCCAACUUAUUAAAAGUUAUAAUUAAUAAAACAGUAA